AUCAAUUAAGAGAAUACUAACAGAAAUAAAAGAACUUGAAAGGGAGAUUUCCAAAACUAUUGCUAAACGAAUUUAAUUAUGGUUGCCGAAGAUAAAAUUAAAAAUCAACGACUCCAACUGUUGAUGACCUGGAACAGUCAUCAAUGGAUUCUGAUUCAUCUGAAGAUGUUGUUGGUGAAACUCCUGCUGCCGGUGAAGGGGAAUCCUCUGACGAGAGAAAUGAACCUGUUUCUCAAUCCAAAGAGUCGGAGGAGGAUAGAAUCAACCGAAUAGUGGAUGAAAGAGUUGGUAGAAUCGUUUCAUCUAUGUCCCAGAAUUCUGGAGAAUUACCUCAAGGUAAUCAGAGAGCGAAACGUGCUAAAAAGUCAAAAAAGGCCAAACCAGUAGAAAUGGAAGAGACUCUGAAUGACGAGAGUAUGUCUGAAGAAGAAAACGCUUCAGGUUAUGUUUCAAAGACUAAGUCCAAGCGUCGUCGAUUCUAUGGCUACUCUUCAAACAAGCCUUACGAGCCUGAAGUUUUCAUGGCUUGGGUUAAUUAUAUUGAUUCCCGUUAUAAGACCUUAAGGAAGAAUUAUGGCUCGAUGUAUGAUGUUGUUGAAGACUUAACCAGGGAUGAAGCAAACAAAUGGCUAUUGAAUAAUACGACAACAAAUGAAGGUACUUCGUGGGAGGAAAUUCGUAAAGAGUUUAUCUGUAGAUAUAUUCCUGCUGAUUAUGGUCCCUUCUUAGCAAAGAAAUGGGAAACCUUACUCCAAGGUCAUGAUGAGGUUGCUAGGUAUAAUGCUUAUACGAUGUCAGUGAUUUCUGAAAUCCGUAGCUAUGAAGUCUUAACCAAAGGUAUCAAACCGCCUGUCUUAAAUGGGCCUUUGGAUGAUGAAAUAAUUAAGAAACACUAUCUUAAAGGAUUGAAUAUACAAUAUCUUAAUCUUAUUCCCGAAGGUAUUGUGACUACUCUUCCUCUCAAACGGAUUUUUGAGAUUACAGAAGGUCUUGUGGAAUAUUGGAACGCAAUAACUUGCAGACAAAAAGAACUUGGCCUGCUUAAAGUAUUAGCUAAUAAUGUCAAAUGGACUAACAACGAGAGACGUCACAAGCAUCAGAUGAAGUUAGAAGCUCCAUCUGCCAAGAAGAGAACUUAUGAGAGUUCAAAGCCUCAAAAGCAAUACGAAGCAAAAUAUAGUAAAGAUCCUAUGAGAGAUGUUAGAGUUCCUAGACCAGAAACUGUUCCUAAACCUGCUAGAAAUAGCUGUUUUCAGUGUGGUGAACUAGGUCAUUUUGCUAAUGUUUGUCCAAAAAAAGAGGAACGUCCUCACUGAGGGACGAUAAAGAAAUCAGCAAGGCUUCCCUAAAUAAGGAGGCAUCGUUAGAACUUCGAUCCUUCGAUAGACUUGCUGUUGAAAAUCAAGGGAAGUCAAAGAAAAGAAAGUUGGAAAAGAGAAAACCUUCCAAGUCAGAGAAAUCUGAAGAAGCUGUUGAAGUUAAUAAAGAGUUAGAUGAAAUACAUCAUUUUAGAGAAAAAGUUAUGAAUGAAGUGGAAGAAAGCUGGUCAAAAGAAAAAGAAGUAGUUGGAGAAAAUAUAUCUGCUACUCCUCCGAAGUCUCGUUUUACAGUGCCGGUUGAUUUUGAAAAACGCCAAUUCGGGGCUAUUGUUGACUCUGGUGCUGAAAUGAAUUUUGUAAGUUCCGAGUUAGUUCCGGAGAAUGUCAAGCGUAAAUGUCAGCCUGUCCAAUUGAAGGGUGUAUUCGGUAGUGGCAAGGUUGCUAGUCAGAAAGCUUGUUUACGAUUUAGAAU